AUGGCUCUCUGUCUGUCCGAGAACGUGAGCGAAGAGGAGGCGGUCAGAUUGGGCAAGAAGGACCCAGAACAAGAGGUACAGUGGAGAAGUUCUGACGCGAACACUCAGGAGCUCAGCAAAGACAAGUGGCUCUGGACGCCAGAGUUCGUCCGUAAGCACAUCCUGAACAAACACGGGGAUAAAGUCGAUGCUGUCAGACAAGAAGUGCAGUUCUUCAACAACUUCCUACUGGACCCCAAGAGACCCACCCUCCCCGAGAACUAA